AUGAAAGCGGCUCCUAUCACAUACCUAGAUCGCCUCUGUCUUCUACCAGAGCAGCGCAGUAUACCAUGGAGAGAAGGCCAGGAACUUCCCCCAGAGAAGUCAAGUCAUUCACACCGAGUCCAGCAACGUGGGGCUUGUGUUUUGGCGACCAGAGGAAAGAUUGCUGAAAAACCCUGUGAUCACUGUGCAGCUGGUAAUGGUCGAUUCAAACAUUGUAUCACGCUGGAUAAAUGGUUCCAAGGCGCAUGCAGCUCCUGCAUCUUUACCUCCAAAGGAAAUAAAUGCAGUCUUAGGGUUCAAGGUCUAGGCAGCGCGGAUGGCAGAGCAUUGCGGCAUAAGAUCAACAUGGAUGGGACUCCUGUCUCUGAUGAGAAGCUAGCUUCAAGAAAACGCAGAAGGCGGUCCGAGCCAGCCAAAAGAACAUCAAUGAACAAAGUAUUGUUCCCAAGCGAACCCCCUGCGUUUCAAACGCCACCCGCAAAAUCCUCGGAUGUAGAUAGACUGCUCGAGGCCCAGCUUGCCUCUGGGAUGAUGGAUCAACCUCCUAUUAUGGAGAAGAAGCAGAGUCAGCGGUAUAGUCUCAACGUACCACCAACUCAAAUUUCAGCAUCAGGAGUAGCACCGACCUGGGCUCCCAUAUCAACCCAACAGACCUAUGCCCCUCCGCCACGUGAGGAGACUUGGCAUCAAAACAUCAAAGACAGUCAGCCUCUCAGACCAGAUAGGGCUACUUACCUAGACCGAUCAGACAAUAGCGGUGGUCCGCCUCCUCCAAUCAUCGACACGUUACCUAAGUCGAAGCAGCGGCAAAUCUUUGGCCUUGUCAGUGGUAUUCAGGGCGGAAUCGACAAUUUACAAAAACAGUUAAACCUCCUUCGAGAAUCUCUCGGCGUUGAAUUUGAAGAAGCACCUAGUGUAAAUAGUGGUCAAAAGGGCGCCGGCAGGACAUACUUUCCUUGA